GGAUGGAGGGGCAGGCGGCUCCGGGCGCUGGCGGCGGCGAGGAGCCCCUGAGCUCCGGCAGGAUGAACCCGAAGCGGAGUGGGCGCGCCGCGGAAGAGGAGAGCCGGAACAAGCCCAAGCUGAAUAUUCAAAUAAAAACUUUGGCAGAUGAUGUGCGUGACAGAAUAACAAGCUUCAGAAAAUCAGCAGUGAAAAAAGAGAAACCUCUCAUUCAGCAUCCUAUUGACUCUCAACCUUCUAUAAGUGAAAUCCCGCUUGCCCAGGCGCUUGUUGAUGAGCGUUGCAUGAACUUAUCAGAAAAAGAAGUUAUGGAUCUCUUUGAAAAAAUGAUGGAAGACAUGAAUCUAAAUGAAGAACGUAAAGCUCCUUUAAGAGAUAAAGACUUGACCACAAAACGUGAGAUGGUUGUCCAGUACAUUUCUGCAACUGCCAAAUCCAUAGUCGGAAGUAAAGUUCCGGGUGGACUGAAAAACAGCAAGCAUGAAUGCACACUGUCCUCGCAGGAAUAUAUUCAUGAAUUGCGAUCUGGAAUUUCAGAGGAAAAGCUUCUUAAUUGUCUAGAGUCUUUGAGAGUGUCUCUAACUAGCAAUCCAGUCAGCUGGGUUAACAAUUUUGGACAUGAAGGUCUUGGACUUCUGUUGGAUGUAUUGGAAAAGCUUCUGGACAAGAAACAGCAAGAAAGUAUUGAUAAGAAGAAUCAACAUAAACUUAUCCAGUGCCUCAAAGCAUUUAUGAACAAUAAGUAUGGAUUGCAAAGGAUUCUAGGAGAUGAAAGAAGUCUCUUGCUGUUAUCAAGAGCAAUUGAUCCAAAGCAACCACACAUGAUGACCGAAACAGUGAAAAUACUUUCUGCUAUCUGCAUUGUUGGAGAGGAAAAUAUUCUGGACAAGCUUUUAGGUGCUAUAACAACUGCUGCUGAAAGGCACAACAGGGAACGUUUUUCUCAGAUUGUUGAAGGAUUGGAAAACCAUGAAUUCUUACAACUGCAGGUAGCAUGUAUGCAGCUCAUCAAUGCCCUUGUUACAUCUCCAGAAGAUCUUGAUUUCAGGAUACACUUGAGAAAUGAGUUUUUACGUUGUGGCCUGAAGAAAAUACUGCCUGGCUUGAAAGAUAAGGAAAAUGAAGAGCUUGAUAUUCAGCUGAAAGUGUUUGAUGAGAACAAAGAAGAAGACUUAAUUGAACUGUCACAUCGUCUCAAUGAUAUCAGAGCUGAAAUGGAUGAUGUGAAUGAAGUAUUUCAUCUGCUGUAUAAUAUGUUGAAAGAUACUUCUUCCGAAAAUUACUUCUUGUCAAUACUCCAACAUUUCCUUCUCAUCAGGAGUGAUUACUACGUCCGACCUCAAUAUUACAAGAUAAUAGAAGAAUGCGUAUCACAGAUAGUAUUGCACUGCAGUGGCAUGGACCCGGAUUUUAAAUGUAGAGGAAGACUGGACGUCGAUUUUACUCAUCUUAUUGAUGCAUGUGUGGACAAAGCUAAAGUAGAAGAGAGUGAAAAGAAGGCGGCAGAGUUUUCCAGAAAGUUUGAUGAAGAGUUCACAGCUCGACAAGAGGCACAAGCAGAGCUUCAGAAACGAGAAGAGAAAAUCAAAGAACUUGAAACAGAAAUCAAACAGCUACGAACCCCGUUGGAUUGCUCAAUACCUCCACCGCCGCCUCCGCUGCCUGGUGGAGCAGCACCUCCUCCUCCACCUCCUCCGCUGCCUGGUGGAGCGGUGCCACCUCCACCUCCUCCGCUACCUGGUGGAGCAGUGCCACCUCCACCUCCUCCGCUACCUGGUGGAGCAGUGCCACCUCCACCUCCUCCGCUACCUGGUGGAGCAGUGCCACCUCCUCCACCACCGCCUUUUGGUGGGCCUCCAAUGCCACCAGCUCUUGGAGGUGUUCCUUUUGCUCCCUUUCUGGUGAUACCAGCAUUACCGCAUGGGAUGAAGGAGAAGAAAAAGUAUAAGCUGGAAGUCGCAAUGAAGAGAAUCAACUGGUCAAAGAUUGAGCCUCAAGAGAUAGCAGAAAACAGCUUUUGGGUAAAAGCUGAAGAAGAUAAAUUUGAAAACCCAGAACUGUUUGCAAAAUUGGCGCUUACCUUUGGAACACAAAUGAAAGCUAAAAAGGCAGUAGAAGAAUCAGAAGAAAAGAAAACAGUUCAGUCAAAGAAAAAGAUUAAAGAAUUAAGAAUUUUGGAUGGAAAAACCGCACAAAAUUUAUCAAUAUUUUUGGGUUCUUUCCGUUUGCCUUAUGAAGAAAUAAAAAAUAUAAUUUUAGAGGUUGAUGAAGAGAAGCUGAGUGAAUCCUUGAUUCAGAACCUAGUGAAGAAUCUUCCUGAGCAGAAAGAACUCAAUGCCUUAGCGGAAUUAAAGGAUGAAUAUAAUGAUCUCGCUGAGCCAGAACAAUUUGGAGUUGUGAUGAGUUCAGUGAAAAUGUUGCGGCCACGUCUCAGUGGGAUCCUUUUCAGGCUUAUGUUUGAAGAGCAUGUAAACAAUAUCAAACCUGACAUUAUGGCGGUUACACUGGCUUGUGAAGAGCUGAAGAAGAGUGAAAGCUUUAGUAAGCUUUUAGAGUUAGUGCUGUUCCUUGGAAACUACAUGAACUCUGGCUCCAGAAACGCACAGUCUCUUGGUUUUAACAUCAGUUUUCUUUGCAAGAUUCGAGAUACUAAAUCAUCAGAUCAGAAAACAACCCUAUUGCAUUUUCUGGCAGAAAUCUGUGAGGAGAAUUACCGGGACAUCUUAAAAUUUCCAGAUGAAUUGCAGCAUGUUGAGAGUGCAAGUAAAGUUUCAGCCCAGACUCUGAAGAGCAACCUUGAUUCGAUGAACCAGCAGAUCCAGCGCCUAGAAAAUGACAUUGAGAAUUUCCCUAAAACACAAGAUGAACAUGAUAAGUUUGUAGAAAAGAUGAGCAGCUUUGCUGUGAGUGCCCGAGAGCAAUAUGAAAAAUUGUCCAACAUGCACAACAACAUGACUAAAUUGUAUGAAAAUUUGGGAGAAUACUUCACCUUUGAUCCCAAAGCAAUAAGCAUAGAAGAAUUCUUUGGCGAUCUGAGCAACUUCAGAACUCUGUUUUUGGAGGCGUUAAAAGAAAACAACAAAAGAAGAGAAAUGGAGGAGAAAACGAAGAGAGCCAAACUGGCAAAAGAGAAGGCUGAACGAGAGAAACUGGAGCGACAGAAGAAGAAGCAGCAGUUGAUUGAUAUGAACAAAGAGGGUGAUGAGACGGGAGUGAUGGAUAGUCUGCUUGAGGCCUUGCAGUCAGGAGCAGCAUUCAGAGAUCGCAGGAAACGAACACCAAGAGGACAAGAUAACAGACGAGUAACUUUGGAAAGGUCUCGUUCUCGCCACAAUGGAACAAUUGCAGCUGUAUGAUUCUUCUGAUGCCAAAGAAUUAGUGAAUUGUUUUAUUUACAAUUAAAUUGGUAUACUUUGAAAAGCGUUUAUCAUACAAAUUGGCAAUGAUCAUAAAGGAAUACCGGUAUUGAUUAAAUGAGGUGUAUAAAUAUUAUGUAUUUUAAAAGCUAUUGCUAAAUAAUCCACAUACUGUAUCUUAUUGCCCCAACUACCAAGAUCUGUAAACAGUGUUAAACAGUAGGAUAUAUAUCUUAUUUUCUUAUGUUCUUUCUCCCCGCCCCCCCCUUUUUUUUUUUAAAGCUGGCAACUUACAUGAAAGGAGUUGGGGAUUUCUAGGUUAUGUUUUAUAUGGGUAAGAAAAUACAAAUUUGUUGAAAGAAUACAGCUGUGGAUUCCAUUUGCAGUUCUGAUUUGGACAUGAAAGGAAAAAAUAAUAAAAUCGUAUGUUAAUAAAUUCAGAGAUGAGCUGGUCUACAUUAUGAGAAUCUUUUUUGUAACCAUAAAAAAGCAACACAUAGCCCCAGUCAGGUUGCUGAAAAUCUUAUUUCAAUAUAAAGCCUGGUGGAUUCAGCUGUUUUGGCUGCAAGUAGCAUAUACCACAUAUCUACACUUUUGGUGGUAUGAUGAUGUAUAGUUACUUAUCACUGCUUAAAAAAAAAUUAAAUAAAACAGAGCAUAGGAUUUUAGCAAAAUUAAAUGAUAUCAAGGGCAGGAUAUGUUUUUAACUGUGUUUGAGGAGGGAUUUUUCUAAUUAUGCACUUAUAUAUUCUUUAUAAAGAUAUUUGGGGGAAAAAUGAUUGUCCUAUUUUAAUUACGCUAAAAAUACCUUUGUGUAGGUUUUUAGAGACAAACUGCAUUAUGAAGUUAUUCAGAACUGCCUCUGAGUUUUUCCUCUGUUUCUCAGGUAAAAUAUGUAGCGAGAUCUCUACUCGUGGAUUUUAGUGCUGAGGGUUCAGCAGCUAAGAACAAAUUUUCUACCUGGAGCACUAUAUAGCAGUGAUCAAUGAUUGCAGCAGUCUGAUUUUUCGGGAAGCUCCUCCCAUUCUCCUUUGUAUACAGGCCCCUUGCACUGCAGUACCUCAGGUGAGCAGUCAGUUUAGUAGCUGACACUGUGUAUGUUCUGCCACUCAAUGGGAAACUAUAGUUCCCUUUUCUCCCCAGAUUCUAGUUGAAUGUACAGUCUGUUUGCUGUUCAGGUCAGUCUUCACCAUCCUUUUUACUAAAGGUUCAUUGCUUAUCUGGAUGGGAUGGAGGAUUUUAAGUGGGAGUUCCAGUGGAACUACUCAUAUGUUGCUCAGCUAUGAUAUUUAAAAAAACCGAGAUACUAUGUAGUAGAUGGCACUUGUUCUCAAAUUAUUAUUGCUUUUCACUGAUUGAUGAAUUUUUAUGAAUACUUUUAUUGCCUGGUGUUAUGGGGAACUUUUUUCUGAUGUUAUAUAAAGAAUAUUUGGAAGGUAAGGUGUCACAUUGUUGUCUGUGCACAAACUGCUAGCUCUAGAGGAGCAUUCGAUACUGGGGCAGUGUAACUUUGCACUACUGCUUGAGCCAAGCAUCUUUGUACAGUAGAUUCUUUUUGCUUCUCUGGUAAGAUACUCUUAAGACUAUCUGACUAUUUUGGGAUAAAUUCUCAAAAUUUCAAACUACAGUGAUCAAUAUCCAAUUAUUGUAAGAAAAGAUACAGCUCCUUUUCAAUCUAGCAUUGAAAUAUAUUUUUUUUUAAAUUGUCUUCAAAGGAAACAGGGGGUUUGCCCAUUGCUAUAUCUCUAAACAUAGGAAUACGACUGAAACCUGGUGAAAUCUGUGCUGUCAACUAAUACUCUUCCUAAACUGUUUGGGGUUUUUUGUGUUUUUAGUAACAAACUAGAGAGUUGUAUGGUACUUCAGGAAAAAAAAAUGCAUGCAACAGGAUUGUGUCUCCCUGUUUAUCAAUAAGAGAUACAAAGAAUUAUAUCCAGUUUGUGUAAGGUCAACAUCAACCUUGUAUUGAAGCAUAACUUUUCAAGAUGGAACUAUUAAAUUUACAGUUAUAAAAAUGUGCUUAAUGUACAAAGCCAGUUUAAAAGGAUUAGGUUCAUAAUGUCUAUAUAAAUUUGUACUACAAUCAACAGUGUAUUAGAAUUCAAAUUUUAAAAUAAGCAUUUUCCUGGGAUUUACAAGUAUUGGUAUAAUCUUUAUAUGCGAAAACUCAAAAGCUCACAACAGAAUCUUUAUACUGUAGCAGUAAUUAUUAGUGCACGUGUUUUUCAUUUCCAUGGGUUAUAUUUUUUUUUAAAGCUCUGUGAAAGCUGACUACAGAUUUUCAAGAACCAAAUCUUAGGGGAAAAAAAAGCAAAUCCAAAAUAACAACAUCAUCUGAUGCUUCUAUUUUACUACUAUUUUUUUCGUAUUUGAAGCAUUUAUAUAAUUUAAUGGACAUAUCUGUUAGAACAAAAGUGUCUUUCAAAGGAAAACUAGUUUAGAAGAUAAUUUAUGUAAAUAUAGGGUGCUCGUAUUUAUGAAGUCUAAAAUAUUUUCUGAAAUUGAUGCUGGUCACUUUGUCUUUUGAUAGUUUUUCAGUCUAUAAUAAUUGCAGAUAUUUUUAAUGUUUUUAUUAUUGAUCUAAUUUUCAGAGGUGUCACACGUUUAUCUAGAAGUGUAGAAGAGUAGCACCUUUUUCAGAAAUGCACUUGCCUUAUUUUCUAAUUUUAAAAAAUGAAAUAUAUCAGUUAAAUUAUAUUUGUAUUCAAAGUAAUCCCAGAAAGAAAAUCGCUGGAGGGUUCAUACAUAAAUUUCUUGCUAAUUAUGUUUCACUAUAUGUCCUCUGAGACAUUACGUUAACAAUAUACCAGCACAUCUGUUUGCAUUCACAUUUUACCAGUUACAAGUACUGAAGAGAUUUUUUCUUUUUUAUGAUGUUACACUGUUUACAUUUCUUAGUUUAUUUAAGAGGAAGAUAAUCUUACCUUUGCAAUGAAUUGAACUAAAUUUGCAAUUGACUUGGGAAUGAAAUGUUUAAAUCAUAUACAAAUAUACAUCUCUGUUGCUUAACUACUGGCUGUACAGAUCAGAAAUGUAAAGACACUAGACAUUUUUUGCUCAAGUUUUAUGCAGUUUACUGAGAAAGAAGUGCAACACAGUUUGUCAUGUAUGUUUGUUUGUGAUUCAACGAAUAUCCUUUCCCAGCACAUAAGUGAUGUUUGGUUUAAGUGUUAAUCAUAUUAUGAACUGAUGCUAAAGCCAAAACAAAAUUAGUGCCUGAGAGGGCAUUGACAAACAGCUUCAGGAAGUAUUCCCAGAAAUACUAUUACAUAAUUUUUUCUGGUUUUAGACAACCAUGGUCAAUAUGAAGAAUGUUAUCUAAAAUUAUCUGUUCUUUCUUGAAAAUUCAGAUACAAAUGCAAGCAUUCCCAUAGUUCCCUUCUGUGAUAUGCAAAUAUUAUGAAUAUCUGUAUAUUUUUGCAUUUUUGUGUGUGGUAUAUGUACUACCUCAGACAAAUGCUGUAAAAACCAUAAUGUUUUCAUGGUUUCUAUCCAAACCACAAUUCAUCAGUGACCUACUUUAAAUUCAUCCCACAAUAUACAAAUGGUUUGCAAAACUCUGAGAAUCUGGCUGGGUUUUAGGUUUGGCUCUGGAAAUCCUCCUAUAGCUUUCAUUAAGAAAACUUUGCAAUGUUCGGCUUUUGCAUCCCUCAGGCAAAUCCUGCUUUGAUGGGUGAAUUUAGUACUUUCUAGAUUGAGAAUGAUAUAGCUAGUAAAUAUUUAAAGCUGGUAAUAGUUAUGUGGGAGCAAACUUACCUAUAUAUGUAAAUUGCUUCUUGUCCAUUAAACAAAGGCUUGGCUGAAUUAUACUUUAAUGUUUUGCCUUCAAAUUGCUGCGAGGUCAGGCAUAACAAAUGCUAAGCGAUAAAGCAAUGUAAAGCCCACCUCUUACGUGCCAUACUGUAUUUGCAAGUUAUUCAUUUUAAAAUAAGUAUUGUAAGAAACCUCUACAUCUCUUCUUCUGCAGUGUCUACACACAAGCCCACGCAUGCACACAACAUGUAAAUAAAUAAAAAAAAAAUCAAAGCAGAUAAAGCCAAAUCCCUCAGCUUCAGGUGUCUCUAUUUCAGAUCACAUAUUGCUUUUGUGCACAAGAAAGGGAGUUGUGUAAGCCUGUGAAUUCUGCAGUCCUGCAAGCUGUCACUCAGCACCCACUGAUGUCAUUAGAAGAAUGUUAAAGGAGAAAGAUUUGUUCUUGUAGUGCUUCUUUUAGCACUGUUUGAGGUGGUACAUAUGCCACAGAAUGUGAACAAUAAUCUAUUACAGUUUAGUCAGUCUGCUAUCAUGCACCAUUUGGUUUCUCUUUUGGAAGUCAUAUGACUCCUGAUGCCAAAAAAAAAAAAAAGUGACAAAACUCAUGCAUUUCUAUUUUUUAAACAGCUCUGUGUUUGUAUGUAAUGUUUAAAAUAGGAAUUUGAUGAAAUCACAGCCUGGCCAUUGUUAAUCCAUGUAUUCUGAAAACUGUAAUAAAGAUAUACAUAACAUGAUUUUGUUAGGUGCGCCAAUGUUUUACUUGUUUAUAAUGAUUGUUACCUGUUGAGUACCAUCACCUCAAAAUCUGUUUUUGUUAUAUAAAAUUAUCAUCCUGGAAUUA